AUGGGUUACCUCAUCCCACUCCGCGAGUUCGCCAAGCGACUCGUCCUCACCCAAAACUUCUCAGUCACCUUCAUCGUCCCGAACAACGGCCCUCUCUCCGCCUGCCAAAAAUCGUUCCUCAACUCCCUUCCCGUCGGCAUAAACUACGUCCUCCUCCCACCAGUGAACUUUGACGACUUGUAUAACGACGUGAUCAGGGUGAUGCGGGUCGCCCUCACUCUGUCCCGCUCUCUCCCCUCUCUCCGCGACGUUUUGAAAUCAUUGGUUUCCAGUUCUCGGCCGGUUGUUGCUCUUGUGGUUGAUCUUGUUGCCACUGAAGCAUUUGACGUCGCGGCUGAACUCAACAUCGCUCCUUAUAUUUUCUUUGCAUCCACAGCCAUGACUUUGUCAUUAUUGCUUUAUUUGCCUAAGCUCGACGAAUCCAUAACUUGUGAGUAUAGAGAUUUAGCCGGACCGGUUCAAAUCCCGGGUUGCACACCGGUUCACGGGAAGGAUUUGUUAGAUCAAGUUCAAGACAGGAAGAGUGGUGCAUACAAAUGGCUUCUUGACUUCGCAAAACGGUACAGUUUGGCCGAGGGUAUUCUGGUCAAUCGCUUUAGGGCAUUGGAAGGUGGGGCCAUAAAGGCAUUGCAAGAGGAAGAACCCGGUAAGCCGUCAGUUUACCCGAUCGGACAGCUCGUACAGAUGAGUGGGGCUGAUGACGGGUCAGAGGGUUUGAGAUGGUUGGAUGACCAGCCACGUGGCUCCGUCUUGUUCGUCGCAUUUGGUAGUAUUGGGACACACUCAUGUGAUCAGUUCACUGAGUUAGCCUUUGGUUUGGAAAUGAGUGAACAGAGAUUCUUAUGGGUCGUUAGGAGUCCAAAUGACAAGGCUGCCCUUUCUGGGGUUAAUGACCCAUUAGACUUCUUACCGAACGAAUUUUUAGAUAGGACCAGAGGGUUUGGUCUAGUGGUGCCAUCUUGGGCACCACAGGCUCAAAUUCUUAACCACGGUUCGACCGGUGGAUUCCUUACACAUUGCGGUUGGAAUUCUAUACUCGAGAGUGUAGUCAACGGUGUGCCUUUGAUUGCUUGGCCUCUUUAUGCAGAACAAAAGAUGAAUGCUUUGAUAUUAACUGAGGAUUUAAAAGUGGCAAUGAGGCCAAAAGUUGGAGAACAUGGAGUAACUGGACGAAUUGAGAUCGCGAAAGUUUUGAAGGGUCUAAUGGAAGGAGAAGAAGGAAAUGCGAUUCAGAACCGAAUGAAAGACCUAAAAGACACUGCUGGAAUGGUGCUAAGUGAAGACGGAGAUUCGACAAAGUCACUUUCCGAGUUGGCUCAGAAAUGGAAGAAUAAGAUAGAUCGUGAAUUAGAAGAUUAG